AUGUUGAGGAUUCCGCAAAGCCUUUUUGUACUCUCUAAUUCGUCAUCAUCAUCAUCCUCAUGCUACCAUACAUUCCAUGGAAAUAGAAAGAGUGUUGAAAUCAGUGAUAUAUCUUCUUCUCAAGGUACCCAUCAAGAACAACAACAACUGAUAAAGAAUAUUUCGGAACAAAUGAAGGAUGUUUUGCAAAGUGCUCAAUCGAGAAGUGUCUCUAUUUGGCCAAACUAUACCAAAGAAAUCAAUACUAUUUUUUCACAUUUCGAAAAGUUUGAAUUUUCGGAAGCAUUGCAACAUUUAUCAAAUUUAAACGAAGUGGUAUUUCAACAAGAUAGGAAUUUCUUUUCAGAAGAAAUGCAGGCUAUUAGAAUGGUUUAUCAAUAUAUUGCAUUUUUGGACCAAAUAUAUACCAAGAAGGAUGGCGAGCAUAAUUUACCUCUUUUAAACGAUUUUUUGGAUCCCAGAUGCUUUGAGUUUGAUUAUUUCAAAUAUGAAGUUGCUGUUGAAAACAUUCAAAAAUACAUUACAGAGCACGUGGAAAAGAUCAAUGAGGGCAAAACACCAGAGUAUGUCACGCUAAAGCGAAAACUUGCACGGGUUAAAUUUUAUCAGAAUUGUCUCCUCAGUGCCAUCAAUGAUGUUAAGGAGGCAUUGGCUGUUGCUCGAGUGAUUUUUGGAAAAACUUCUGUUGAGGCAUGCUAUUGUUAUUCUGAUUUGGCAACGCUUUAUGUUGCAGCUGAUAAUCUCUCAGCAAGUGAAAAAUGUGCCAAGAUUGUCAUUUCCCUUCUUCCUCAAAAGCCAAACAAAACACCUUAUAUGGAAGAGAAAAUUGCAAUGGCCAUGGUUGCGCUCAGUGAAUCAAUCAGAGAAAACAAUACUGAAGAAUGCAUCAAACUCGGCACUACUGCCAUCAAAAUUAUUGAAAAUAUUUAUGGAAGAAGGAACAAGAACUGGAUUGAUUGCGUCUAUUCGCUCAUUAGUAACUAUGAUGGAGUCGCUGCAAAUACCAAAGAAAAAGACGAGGCACUUAGCGAGGAAUAUACUCAAAAAGCGGAAACGCUUUUCAAUUUGGUUGGAGAAAUGCUGACCAAGAAUGCCUUCACAAAUACCUUACUCUUACCUCUCAGACAAAGCACCACUGAUGAAGACAGUUAUGAUGAGGAUUUGUUAUUGAGAUUGUACAUGAGAAGAAAAUAUCCAUUACCACUUGCCAUUCAUGCUCUUUUUGGUGCUGCUCGAAUUGUGUUAUCUGGAGAGUCACCAGAAAGAUCUGUUGAACUUUAUGAAAAAGCUCUCACCUACUUUUCAAAAGAGUAUGCGGAUGAUGAAUUUCUUAUCGAAAGAGAAUUUGCGUGCUCCCAACUUGCUUGCAUUUAUGCUCUGUUAGGUCAAUCUGCUAAAGGAAGGACUCUGUUAAAAGAUUGUAUGAAUCGAAUUGCAAAUUCCGUAGGCACUAGUAACAAAUUCUAUUCUGACAUUUCCACCUAUGAGAGUUUGGUGAGCGAGUCACCAAAUCCAGCUGCCGCCGGUUUGAAUAUACCUGGUCUCAUGGACACAGAUAUUAGUGGCAAGUCUCCAGAGGAAAUGAAACAAGAGCUUGAACGUUUUGGUUUAGAUGUGGACUCUAUUACCAGUAUGAUGGAAAAUGCAAUGAAAUCAGGUGGACCUAAUAUGGAUGAGAAGGAGCUCUUAAAAAUCAUGGCUGGAGCUAUGGCAAAAUCUCACAGUGACAAGAAGAGCAAAGCGACUGCUGCUACUACAGAGACGCCUCAAACAACCUCUCCAACAAAACCAAGCGGUAAGAAAAAGUAA